GACCAGGAGAACACGUACCUGAUGUUUGAUGGUGACAGUGGCGGGUCGUCUCCCUCACACAACGACCAGGAGAACACGGUGUUGCGCAGGAAGAAGAAGCGACGAUGUCUAAUGGCGCAGAUGCAGCAGCGCCAGGCGGCCAACAUGCGCGAGAGGAAGCGCAUGCAGAGUAUCAACGACGCAUUUGAGGGCCUGCGUGCGCACAUCCCCACACUCCCAUACGAAAAACGUCUGUCCAAGGUGGACACUCUGCGUCUGGCGAUCGGUUACAUCAGUUUCCUGGCGGAGCUGGUGGCGAGCGACCGUGCGCCUGACCCUCACCUCCACCCACCCAACCACAACGACGCCAACAGGAAGGUCAUUGUACGCAGCUCCAGAAUGAGUGUAGACAGUGUGCCUCACUCCCUCACCUGGUCCCAUGUUCGACCUCACGUCAUCAACGGGAAGGUCACGGCUAAGACCUGGGUCCCUGAACAGCAGAAGCGGCAGUGAACAUCAUGUGAACACCCGCUGAACAGGCACUGAACAAGCUGUUUACACUCGGUGAAUACCCCACGAACUAUCGCUGAGCAACACGUGAACACCAGCUGAACAAGAGGUGAACAAGAAGAUUAAAACAAACUUGGUGAACCGGUGAGCUACGUUGAACAAAAGGUGGGAAGAAAAUUGAGAACAUCUAGUUUACUGGAGGUGAACAGAUCUUGAACAUCUUUCCUAAUGAGUGGUGAACAAUCCAUUAAAUAAGUGGUGAACGUUUAGUAAACCAUCAACAAAUAUUCAUUGAACGCUCUGUGAACACUACGAAUUCGUGGAGAACACUUAAAAAUUAGUGAAUACUGUCAACAUUGUCAACUUUGUGAAUACUGUGAACAUUAUGAACAAUGAGAGCUAAGCACUGUGAACAUAACACUGUGAACAUAACAAUAUGAACAUAACAAUAUGAACAUAACACUGUGAACAUAACACUAUGAACAUAACACUGUGAACACAACACUGUGAACAUAACAAUGUGAACAUAACACUGUGAACAUAACAAUGUGAACAUAACAAUGUGAACAUAACAAUGUGAGCA